AUGGGUAAUCGAAUUCAAAGGUUUUGUGCUCAACUUAUCCCACCUAGAAAAUAUAUUCUGCUUGCUGGUGUUGAAGGAUCUGGAAAGACUACAGUUUUAUUUGGACCAAGGCUGAAGCCUGGAUGGGAGCAGCAUCAUAUUGAACCAACUUUAGGAUAUAACUAUGAAGAACUUAGAAUUGAUAAUAACCUUCUCGCUGUUUUUGAUACUCCUGGAAAAGAAUCGUUAUAUCCUAUUGUGAAAUCAUUAACUGAUAAUAUCUACUUCGGAGCAAUAGUAUUUGUGUUUAGCAUUAGCAAAGAACCUAUGAAAUAUAUUGAAGCCAAACGAAAAAUCAGAUUUUUAGCAAGCGAGCCAUCAUUAAAACAGUGCGCACUUGCGGUGAUUGCAAAUAUUUCUAUUGAUAUUGAAGCGCAGUUUAAGCAAGUGCCAUUCUUAACAAGAGCCUUAGGACUAGACGAAUUGAAAUCAAUAGAUGCACAAAAGAAAAAACUCUUUGUAUUUGAUGCGAAAUACUCUCCAAAAGAAACAGAAAAGGUUUGGAGGUGGAUUGCCGAUACUCUUGAUGAAUAA